UGAAACUGAGAAGGUUACUUUAUACAAAAAGUACCUUGAGUUCGAAUGUCCUGCAGCCUCCUGUAAAAUUAAGUUGGUUUCCAUUGGCUCAAGCAUAGAUCUAGACAGAGUGCAAAGUAUAAUGGAAUCUAUGGGGUCUAAGUUGUCUCCAGGUGCUCAGCAACUCAUGGACAUGGUCCGAUGUCAGCAGAAAAACAGUUUACCUCUUGGAGACAAACUUAAUUGGAUCUUUGGGAAGAAUUCUGAAUUUGGAGAUGACCAUGCAGUAGAUGAAUUGCGCAGUGCAGCUAUUCAGACAUCACUAGAUCAACCUGCCAGCGAACCUUUGGCUCUUAAAAAUCAUUUAACAAGUGAAACAGUAAACGAAGACUUAGAAAUAAGUCACGGUCUGAACACACAAAUACCUGAAAGCGGGAAUACUUCUGAUUCCGAAAGACUUACUACCCCGCAAAAUACGGUUAACCUUGGAAAUGGUUUUAAAGUCAUGAGAUCAUUGCAUAUGCAGGAACAAGCGCGUGAAACCCCAAAUGUAGCUAACCUACAGGUGCUUUUUCCUUUUCUUCAAAACUUAUGUAGUCAGGUGAAUCAUCUUCGGCUGAAAGAUGGUGAUAAGCGUUUUGGUAAAAAUGCAGUGACUAAAGAGGAAGGCAUUCAGUGUGAUGGAGUAGAACAACAGCCUGUUUGCUCGUAUUUGGAAAAGAUCAUCUCAAAAAAUAUGGAUCUGAUGGAGAAAAAACUAAUGGACUAUAUUGAUCACCAAAUCCGUGCUCUUCAGACACAUAUAGAUGAUAAAAUGGUUCUCUUAAUGGACUUGGUUCAGAACUCAAAGCCACACACAAUGUCACAAAUGCGCUGUGAUUCUAACGAGGGGUUUUCUAAUGGAGAGAGAUAG